AUGAUUGACAAUACAUCUGUACAAUCUAUUGCAACCAACACACUGUUGAUUCCAGACAUCCCAAAGAAUUUCUUUGCAUGUUCAUCUGCAAUGAAGCAGAUUGAAGAAAAGUUCGCGGAGUUUGGUACCAUAUCUCAGUUCAUCCUGAUGAAGGGAUUCGGGCGCAUCAUGGUCAUCUAUGAAGAAACCAUGGCUGCUAUCAAAGCAAAACUAGAGAUUGAUCGAGCAACUCUUUUCUGGAAGCAAGAGAAUGAAAAUGUUGAGAUUAUUGCAAUGGGCAAAGACCUCGAGAACAUUUGGAAUGCUAACACACUCGAGAUCCGGAUAUACUUUGGACAGCACAAUCCUAUAAAUCCAGAUCUUGCUUUAAGCCGAUUACAAGUACCUGACCUUGAGCGUAACUUCUUAAUAUCCCCACCCGGAUCACCUUUUGAGGACUGGGAACAGACACUCGAGUCACCGCCUAACAAAGCAGUUUUGGCAUCCGAUCUUAGCCAUGCGCUUGCGGAUUAUAGCGACGACAACAUGGAAGAUCUUGACGACUUCUUGUUGGACGACUCAGAUUUUUUUGAAGUUCAAGAAAAACUGCCAUUAAUACAGAUAGACGCCGAAGACAACUCUCGGGUAUCUACCCCAUCAACGCCAAAUUCUGCAGACUCUCGCCGUUCGAAUGGCCAAAAAUUAAAGGUUGUCUUGAGUGAGAAUGCAGAUGGUGCAGAGAAUCUUCCAAGAAUCACAAUUCAAGAUUGGGAUGGAGAUAACCUCUCUUUUAACUCUGGUGGACUAUUUCCUGGUGCCCCAAAGACACAGAUGCCAAAGUUAAAAGUAGAACCUACCGCAAGACCCCCUCUUCAAGCAUAA